AGAGAGAGCAAGAGAGAGCGAGAGAGAGAGAGAGAAGCAGAAGUAGCAGCGACUCACAGGUGGUUUGUUUCCAGGGAGCUCACUCAGACAGAAACGGGUUCUCCAUCGUUCCGUUUUCUUUGCUCCAGACCUUUUCUUGCAGCUACUUUAAAUUUUUAUUAGACGGAGAAGCUUUGAUCUUUAGGAGUACAGUUUCUGCUUGCUGUGCAACCUGCACACACUUGCCACAAUGGGCCUUUUCACAUUAACCCUGCUGCUUCUUGCUUUUGGUUCCUUUUCCAGUGCUCAGUUUCUGGCACGGUUUAAUAUGAGAGGGGUCACAGGGCAGGUCCAGUUUAAUACCACCUCCAUGACAGCUGUUGUAAACGUUACUGGGGUUGGAUCCUGUGCAGCAGUCAACUUUUCCCUCACUUCUUUCCCUGUUAUGUAUGGCCACUUUGCUGAGCCAUGCUCUGAACAGAACAUCGGCUCCAGCAUCUUCGCCUUCACAGCUGAUCCUACGUCACCAACUAGUGUCAACGUAUCAGAUCUCUUCAAACAAAGAUCAAACCUGGAUGACCUCUCACUGUCUAUUCAGACAUGUAAUGGCAAUACAGUGUGCACAGUUGUGAGUCAAGGUCAGACCAUUUUAACUCGCCAGGCCAGGUUCACCGAGUCUGUAGUAGGAAACAUUUACAUGCGCUUUAAUACCAACAACACCAACCCCAGGCUUCUUGCAGACCUCAUUACAGUCGGCCAGGUGAAUGCCACACAGCGAAACAUCACAAUCUUUGGAUCUACAAUGACUGCUGCUAGUUGUGAAGUUUUACUUGGAAGCUUAAAUACUGCCCCCAUGACAAUGCUUGGUGUUGUAAAUGUUGGAGUUCCUUUGCUUUUUCAGAAAUCUCGACUGGACUUGACAAACUUUAACACCUCACACAAUUUCCUUCUCUUAAACUUGGGGUCAACCACCAAGUGUGCUCAGAUAUAUGAUGUACCCAAAAAAGACGUGAGAGCUGUUAUGAAUAUGAGAGGAAUCAAAGGCUACUUCAGGUUUCAACAGGCUUCUCCGUUCGAUCUGACACAGGUUGAAGUGAAUCUGACCAACUUAACCAAUGUCGGCCCUUACCAUGUCCAUCUGUUUCCUGUCUCUUCAGUCAGGUCAACCCCCUGCUCAAAUGAUAACGUGGGUGGUCACUGGAAUCCAUUCACGAUCAACACAUCUUCCCCAACAUACCCUAGAGUGCCUGGGUCAACUCAUGACUUGUAUGAGGUGGGAGAUCUCAGUGGCAAGUACGGGUCUCUAGCUGGAAGAAGUUUCCUUGAUGCUACAUUCACAGACUUCAACCUCCCUCUGUUUGGACGGAACAGCAUUGUAGGUCGCUCAGUUGUAAUUCACAUGUCGGACAGUGCCAGUACCAGAUUUGUUUGCACCAGUAUAAGAUAUCCUGGUGAAGUGAUGGUAGGCAGGGCCAUAUUUCAGGGUCCAGUCGUGGGCAACAUCUGGUUUACCCAGCUGAUGAAAUAUUCUCUGUCCGACGUUUCUAUCUUCAUGGAUCUGUCAUAUGGCAAUCCCACAAUGGCACCAACCAAAAACCACAACUGGCAUGUUCAUGUUUAUCCCAUUAGCACCGAAAGAGAUAAUGAUACAGCACGCUGCAACUCUACAGGAGGACAUUGGAACCCAUUUAACAUCAACACAACUGACAGUAGCUAUAAACUUCACUGCAGCUCAUCUUGUCCCUUGUGCUGUGAGACUGGAGACCUCGCCAGCAAACACAGUCCUAUUGAUCUAGCUGUCAAUGUAGGAGCGCUUAGCGCAAAGCACUUUUUCACUGAUGUCACCGCCUGGUUAAGCGUGCCAGGCAUUAUUAAUCGUUCCGUGGUCAUCCAUCAACCAGAAAGACAAGCGCCGCGGAUUGCUUGUGCCAACGUUACAAUGGUUCGUGUUCCAGCAGCUAUGUUAAGUGAGUGGUUUGGUCCAGGAUCAUCAAGCGGUCAGGUGGUCUUCUCUGAAGCUGUUCCACUAGGCCCCACAACUAUCAAUGUGUCCUUAACAAGUCUGAGUUCCAUAUCUAGUGGCUACCAUGUCCACAUUCUGCCCCUUAGAGCUGGCAGUGCAGACCCCUGCUCAAAUGCUAACAUCCAGGGUCACUACAACCCAUUAUCCUGGAACACAUCACUAUCUCCUGCACCUGGAGUGGGCACUGUGGACCAGUAUGAGAUAGGAGACAUCAGUGGAAAGUUUGGGACGCUUGCCAACCAAAAUAAUUUCAAUGCUGUCAAUGAAGACCCUAACAUGCCACUCACUGGACCCUACAGCAUCAUAGGAAGAUCUGUGGUUGUCCAUCACACCAAUGGGUCUCCAGCAGAUGUUUCCUGAUGGGAGCAGCAAUGACGUUACUCUGGAAGUGGACCUUUCGUCUUCAAAUCAAGUUACAAAUGAGUCCGCCUUGUUCAUCACAUCCAACCGUGUGGCCAACACCACCAACUGCAGCAAUGUGGGAGACACAUUCAAUCCCUUCAACAUGGUCUCACUGAACUCCAACUGUUCAUUACUAGACCCACUGAGCUGUGUGAUUGGAGAAGUGUCAGCCAGGCAUGGCAACAUCAGCCUGCUUGUGAGGGGACAUUACACUGACAGCAUCAUUCAGCUUUCUGGAGACAACACAGUUGUCCAAAGAUCUCUUGUGCUGAUGAGCGGGGGCAGCAUUAUUUCGUGUGCAGUCAUCCUUCCCGAGUCUCCAUCAGCAAUUCAGACUUUCCUCAAUGUGGCAAACUUUAGCCGGUAUGAUUUCCGUCAGAGGGUUGCAAGAGUUCUAGGGAUGGAAAUAGCAAGAGUAACCAUCUUGCCUGGCUCUCCUUCCUCUGCAGCUAAUGGCCAGUGUCAGCAGGUCAACUAUAUGGUGUCAGGGAGCGUUGAUGCAAACCUGCUGAGUUCUGUCAAAAACAGCGCCAUUAUGGGAGAUUUUAGGGAGUCUUCCACAUGCUCAAGAACUAGUGCCGGGCUGCAGGUGGUUCCAGUAGGUUUCCAUCUGGGCUUGAUGUUUGCUAUCGCCUGUCUGCUGCCAAAUAUUUUUUAACUCAGAGGAACGAUCGCUCUGUGCUUCAGCAUCAUCAUCAUCAUCAUCAUCAGUGGAAAGAUGAGAAUCUUCUUCUUAUGCAACUGUUCAUGAGAAGUUGUCCAACAAAGGUUGUUGUAAUUUUCAGGCAAAAAAAUCUGUAUCUUUGUACAAAUUUUAUCAGCACACAAAGAUCUUCCAAUUUGAUCUAUCUUCCAAUUUUGCUUUUGUUAUAUACAGUAAAUAUGUAAUAAAUGGUUUGGGUCAUAAGUGUUGUUUUUGUUUGAGUAUGCUUAUUCUUUUUCUGUAGAAACUUUAGGUUAUAUUGUUUAUUUUUAUUCACAUGGGAAGAGUUUAAAGGUGUUUAUUUUCAGUUCUUGAGACUUUUUCACUUUGUCUUUAUGCACUGUCUAUACAUUAAUUUGAAAAAGAUGUAAAUAUUUUACAAUUUAUGAAUAAAGACUUUUAAAACUGUA